AUGGUAAAAUAUCUUGUCGAGAACGGCGCUGAUGUAAAUGCCAAGGAUAAUGACGGGGAGACAGUGUUGCACUCUGCUGUUUUUGAAGGUACGCUAGACAUGGUAAAAUAUCUUGUGGGAAAUGGCGCUGAUGUAAAUGGAAAAAAAAAUAGCGGAUGGACAGUGUUGCACAGAGCUGUUGUAAAAGGUUCGCUAGAAAUGGUAGAAUAUCUUGUCGAGAACGGUGCUGAUGUAAAUGCCAAUGAUACUAACGGAGGGACAGUCGUGCACCAUGCUCUUCGUGUUGGUGAUUUAGUAACCGUCAAGUAUUUAGUUGAACAGGGUGCUGAUGUUGGCCCCGCUGCCUUUGCACUCCUCCAAAUAGCUGUUGAAAAUAAUUUCGUCGCCUUGGUCAAUCUUCUCUAUGAGAAAGACAUCGCGAUGUGGAGAGACCAAACGAUCAUUGUUAAAGGGCGAGAAAUGAAUCUUCUUGAAUGGAGCAUUCACCUUGGGCAUGAUGAAAUUACAACUAUCCUUAACAGGUCCGUAAAACAUCUUGAGAAAAUUAAGAAGUUGAAAACUACGAACUGUAACCAGUUAGAAGAGAUUGGCAUUCCGAUGCAGGCUUUUGUCGCCGACAAGCAAUUCAGAAUUGGCGAUGGCGGAUAUUCAAGUGUCUAUGUUGGUCUCAUGAAAGAUGGGACUGAAGUUGCUGUUAAGAAAAUGACGGUACAAAAGUCUGAUAAAAUAGCUGAAAACGAAAGGGAAAUUAUGUAUCUUAUUAAAACAAGCGACUCACCAUUUAUAGUGAGUUAUCGACAUUUUCACCGUGACGAUACCUUCAUAUAUCUUAUUCUUGAUCUUUGCGAAGAAACCUUGAGGGAACUUGUUCGUGCAUCCAGUAUUGAACAUCUACAAGAGCGUGGUCCAAGAAUGAUUAAGGAAAUUCUAUCAGGACUUGAAUUUCUUCAUGGUAAAGGUAUAUUGCACAGAGAUCUAAAACCAUCAAACGUCCUGGCUGGUAUCGAGGGUCGCAUGAAACUGGCAGAUUUUGGAUUAAGCCGCGUGCUAAAAGACGAUGAAACUACAGUUGAAACAGACGCUAAAGGCACUCACGGAUGGAUGCCAACAGAAGUAAUUGAAGCAAUAGACAAAGAAGAAAAGGUCAUUUCAAAAAAAAUCGAUGUCCAGGUAGCGGGUAUGAUUGCUUUUUUCAUUUUAACAAAAGGUGAACACCCUUUUGGAUCCAAGUUAGAUCAAACAAAAAAUAUUUUGAAAGGAAACUCUGUCCAUCUGAAGAAACUUGGUGAUCGUAAAGCUCGAAAGUUUGUGUCGUGGUUGAUUCGUCACAAGAUUGAUAAGAGACCUUAUGCUGAGGAAGCGCUGUGGGACUCUUUCAUUAAUAAAGAUUGA